GCUCCUCCACUGCCCUUGCUUUCAUUUCUGCUUUACCUUUACGAAGGGGCUUACUUUUCGUAAUUGAAAGUGAGGCGUAAAGCGCGGCUAGUGAAAUUGGUCCUUGUCCCGCGCUGAACAGUACAGGUGGACAAAAAGGGGCUGCCUGCCAAAUACUUCUGGUUGGAGGGAGGGGUGGGAGUGCUCUCUCAAAACCACUCCUGGAAUGGCUUAACUCGCCCAGCACGAAUCAAUGACAACCUCCCGCCGGCUGCGGCAGGCUCCCCUGAGCUGCGCUGCCGCGUGAAUUCCCAGCCCGGGACCCUGGCGGCGCUCAGGACACGACCCGGGCACGAGCGGCGUCCCCGGGGCGGCCAGGGCUCUGUCUGAGAACAUGGCCAAUGGCAUUGACGAGCUGAUCGGCAUUCCCUUCCCCAACCACAGCAGCGAGGUCCUGUGCAGCCUGAACGAGCAGCGGCAUGACGGGCUGCUCUGCGACGUGCUCCUGGUGGUGCAAGAGCAGGAGUACCGCACCCACCGCUCCGUCCUGGCCGCCUGCAGCAAGUACUUUAAGAAGCUCUUCACAGCCGGCACCUUAGCCAGCCAGCCCUACGUCUACGAGAUCGACUUCGUCCAGCCCGAGGCGCUGGCCGCCAUCCUGGAGUUCGCCUACACCUCCACGCUCACCAUCACGGCCUCCAACGUCAAGCACAUCCUCAACGCCGCCAGGAUGCUGGAGAUCCAGUGCAUCGUGAACGUGUGCCUGGAGAUCAUGGAGCCCGGGGGGGACGGGGAGGAGGAGGAUGACAAAGAGGACGACGAUGAUGACGAAGAUGACGACGAUGAGGAGGAGGAGGAGGACGACGACGACGACGACGACGACGACGACACGGAGGACUUUGCUGAUCAAGACAACUUGCCUGACCCCCAGGACAUCAACUGCCACCAAAGCCCUUCCAAGACGGACCACUUCUCGGAGAAGGCCUAUUCAGACGCACCCAGGGACUUCCCUGAUUCCUUCCGGGCCGGCAGCCCUGGCCACCUGGGUGUGAUCCGGGACUUCUCCAUUGAAUCUCUGCUGAGGGAGAACCUGUACCCCAAAGCCAACAUCCCCGACAGGAGACCCUCCUUAUCUCCGUUCGCCCCGGACUUCUUUCCACACCUCUGGUCGGGGGACUUCGGUGCCCUCGCCCGGCUGCCCGAGCAGCCCAUGGACAGCGGGCCCCUAGACCUGGUCAUCAAGAACCGCAAGAUCAAGGAGGAGGAGAGGGGGGAGCUGCCCGCCCCCCCGCCGCCGCCCUUCCCCAGCGACUUCUUCAAGGCCAUGUUCCCGGACCUCCCCGCGGGGCCGCUGGGCCCCAUCAAGGCAGAGAAUGACUACGGCGCCUAUCUCAACUUCCUGAGCGCCACCCACCUAGGGGGCCUCUUCCCGCCCUGGCCGCUGGUGGAGGAACGCAAGCUGAAACCCAAGGCCUCUCAGCAGUGCCCCAUCUGCCACAAAGUCAUCAUGGGGGCCGGGAAGCUGCCACGGCACAUGAGGACCCACACCGGGGAGAAGCCAUACAUGUGCAACAUCUGCGAGGUCCGCUUCACCAGGCAGGACAAGCUGAAGAUCCACAUGAGGAAGCACACGGGGGAGCGGCCCUACCUGUGCAUCCACUGCAACGCCAAGUUCGUGCACAACUACGACCUCAAGAACCACAUGCGCAUCCACACGGGCGUGCGGCCCUACCAGUGCGAGUUCUGCUAUAAGAGCUUCACGCGCUCCGACCACCUGCACCGCCACAUCAAGCGCCAGAGCUGCCGCAUGGCCCGGCCCCGGCGCGGCCGCAAGCCCGCCGCCUGGAGGGCCGCCAGCCUGCUCUUUGGGCCCGGCGGCCCGGCCCCGGAGAAGGCGGCCUUCGUGAUGCCCCCCGCGCUGGGUGACGUGGGCGGCCACCUGGGCGGGGCCGCCGUGUGCCUCCCGGGCCCCAGCCCCGCCAAGCACUUCCUGGCGGCGCCCAAGGGCGCGCUGAGCCUGCAGGAGCUGGAGCGGCAGUUCGAGGAGACGCAGAUGAAGCUGUUCGGGCGCGCGCAGUUCGAGGCUGAGCGGAACGCGGGGGGCCUCUUGGCCUUCGCGCUGGCCGAGAACGUGGCCGCCGCGCGUCCCUACUUCCCGCUGCCCGACCCGUGGGCUGCGGGCCUGGCCGGCCUCCCCGGCCUCGCCGGCCUCAACCACGUGGCCUCCAUGUCUGAAGCCAACAACUAGGCUCAGCCUCAUCAACCCCAGUCCUGCUUCCCUGUCCCCUCCCAGGCCCACCUGCCCCAUCCAGUGGGUCUGAGCUUUUUAUUUCAAAAGAAAAAAGGAAAAA